AGGCUACGCAUUUCCCACACCUGUGGCAGUGGGCUAGAGAAACAGGGGAAUUCAACCCAAGGACCUUCUGCUUUGCUGCUCCUGAGUGCCUCCAGAAGGAAUUGCUGCUUCCCUGAGAGAGGAGUCCUAAAUACUUUUCCCACUGGGGAUGGCUGACUGCCUGUCUGCUUCCAUCGUUACACUCCCAAAGAGCAAGCUGAACUGGGGUAACAUGGAAGAGAAGGCAGCAGCAGCAGUUUCUAACAAGGGGAGAAAUCCAGCCUCUUAGCUGAUGUGGGGUGUAUGCUGUGGCUUCCCUUCUGUACAGACUGCAUGAUGUGCCUCUAGACUAGUGGAUGUGCUGCUGGAGCUCCAUGCAAUGUGCCUGUCCCUUUAAAGGAAGGGAACGCUGCCUCUCACACUCUGCCUCUGUGGGUGAACACAAGGUGCUGGGAUUGAGCUGCUUGAUGCCAGAUCAAGGGAAAGUAGACACAGAGCACAGUGCAAGGAGAGAGAAGAGGAAAUCUGCUGGAAAAAGAGUGCUCAUGUUAAUGUAAUAGCAAUCCAUCCAGAGAACUACUUCGACUUCAAAAUGCCUUUCCACGUGGAGGGGCUGAUAGCUAUCAUUGUGUUCUACUUGGCAAUUCUGUUUGUUGGAAUAUGGGCUGCUUGGAAAACCAAAAACACUGGCAGUGAUGGAGAUCGUAGUGAAGCUAUUAUCGUUGGGGGAAGAGAUAUUGGCUUGCUGGUUGGUGGAUUUACCAUGACUGCCACCUGGGUCGGAGGAGGUUACAUAAAUGGGACAGCUGAGGCUGUAUAUGUACCAGGCUAUGGUUUGGCUUGGGCACAGGCACCCAUUGGAUAUGCUCUUAGCCUUGUUAUAGGUGGUUUGUUUUUUGCAAAGCCCAUGCGUUCCAAAGGCUAUGUGACAAUGUUGGACCCAUUUCAGCAAAUUUAUGGAAAACGGAUGGGAGGGCUUAUCUUCAUACCUGCUGUUAUGGGGGAAAUGUUCUGGGCUGCAGCCAUUUUCUCUGCAUUAGGUGCUACCAUAAGUGUGAUCAUUGACAUCAAUAUCAAUAUUUCCGUUGUUAUUUCUGCCCUAAUUGCAAUUCUGUACACUCUGGUGGGGGGUCUUUACUCAGUGGCCUAUACUGAUGUGGUACAGCUAUUCUGCAUUUUCCUAGGACUGUGGAUCAGUGUCCCAUUUGCAAUGAAUCAUCCUGCAGUCAGAGACAUUGGGUAUACAGCUGUACAUGAAGUGUUCCAGGACCCUUGGCUCGGAUCCGUUAAAACACUUGAUAUCUACACGUGGAUUGAUAACUUCCUCUUACUGAUGUUAGGUGGAAUCCCUUGGCAAGCAUAUUUUCAGCGAGUCCUUUCAUCUUCAUCUGCUAUGUAUGCUCAAGUGCUAUCCUUUCUGGCAGCUUUUGGAUGUCUGGUGAUGGCCCUGCCUGCAAUACUCAUUGGUGCAAUAGGAGCAUCAACAGCUUGGAAUGAAACUGAAUAUGGGAUGGUAGACCCCAAGAAAAAAGAUGAAGCUGACAUGAUUUUACCCAUUGUCCUUCAGUAUCUUUGUCCAGUGUAUAUCUCUUUCUUUGGCCUCGGGGCAGUGUCUGCUGCUGUCAUGUCAUCAGCUGACUCUUCCAUCUUGUCAGCAAGUUCCAUGUUUGCACGGAAUAUUUACCAACUUUCAUUUCGGCAAAGUGCAUCAGACAAGGAAAUAGUUUGGGUCAUGCGAAUCACCAUUUUCUUGUUUGGAGCAUCAGCAACAGCGAUGGCCCUGCUGGCACAGUCAGUUUACGGACUCUGGUAUCUCAGCUCUGACCUGGUUUACAUCAUCAUCUUCCCCCAACUCUUGUGUGUCCUUUUUAUCAAAGGAACUAACACCUAUGGUGCAAUUGCAGGAUACUUGUUUGGCCUCCUACUUCGAAUUACUGGAGGAGAACCAUAUCUUCACUUACAGCCCUUGAUUUUCUAUCCUGGUUGGUACAAAGAUGAUGACCUAUAUGUCCAGAGGUUCCCUUUUAAGACACUGGCCAUGCUUACUUCCUUCUUUACUAAUGUUGGAGUAUCCUAUCUAGCCAAAUACUUGUUUGAAAGUGGCACUUUGCCACCAAGAUUAGACUUCCUUGAUGCUGUUGUUGCAAAGUACAGUAAAGAGAACAUGGACAAGACUACUCUUGUGAAAAAUGACAAUAUUGUUCUAAAUGAACUGGCUCCUGUGAACCCUCGGCACAGUUUGACUCUGAGCUCCACAUUUACAAAUAAAGAGGCCUUCAGUGAUAUUGAUUCAAGUCCAGAAGUAUCCAUUGCAGAAGACCAUUGACACUGACCUAGAAGAAAAUAAAUACUACUUUCAUACCCCCCACAGUGCAACAGGGUAUGCAACAAAGGGAGGUUAGAGGCAUUUUCAUGGAGGGAAAAUGGAUGAGGAACAAAAAGCCACUGCACAAUUUUCUUAAUUUUUGGAGCGGGAAUAGUCUGAAGAAGAUAUGCUUUAUUGUAAAAUGUGUUGGAUGGGAUUAUAGAAUAUCUAGAUCCUCCAACACAUGAAUGGAGCAGAAAUGUUAAAGAUCUCAGUGGAUAGGGAAGUAUAUGAAAUGAAAAAUACUGUCACAUUGAAAAAAAUGCUUGCAUUCAGAUACUUGCAAAAUUCAACUACAGCCAUUCAGUCAUAUGGUCAACAUCCAGUUGGAAUGUAAUGGAAAACCAUUAGUCUCUACCACAGAUGAACAGAAGCCUCAUGUUUGCUGGGCUGUACCAUUUCAGACUCUAGGGGGUACCAAAUGUUUCAGUUAGAGAUUGGAGCAACUUUGGAUCGGGAGUGUUUGAACUCCUCUGUUCAAAAAGCCACACUCCAUUUUAAGUUAGGCCUUUAGACCUGCAGGGUUGGGUUGGGUUUAAAAUGGUAUUUUCCCUCCACCCCCAUCACUAGCCAGCUCCCUUCAUCCAAGCAAUAAAAACUUCUCCUAGGGGACAUGGAUACAGAAACUGGGGAGUGCUGGCUAGACAAAGAAGCAGCUUUACAAGGCCUGUCCUUAAGUGGAAGUAACACCGCUGAGCAUGCUAACAAGCAUAAUUGCCUGCCAGAGAUCAAAGGAUUGUUGUUAGUUCCUCUGCUUCUCAGAUCAAUUCAGCAGCAGAAGAAACUACAAACCCACAAUGCCUAGCAGGACGUGACAUAUCUGGCCAUGCUCCAGAGCAUUAUCUGCAGCUAAGAACAGGCCCCACAAGGCCUCUUCUUUGUCUAGUGCUGGGCUGUUCAGCUUCAGCCCUCCAGCUUUUUUGGACUACCAUAAUCCCCAGCCACAAUGGCCAGUAGUCAAGGAUUAUGGGAGUUGUAGGCCAACAUCUGCAGGGGGGGCCGAAGUUGAGCAGCCCUGGUCUAGUGUAAUCCUCACCAGUUACCUUCACAAAGUCAGGAUUUGUUGCUUGGGAAGGGAGGUGUAGGCUUCACCCAUUUGGUUUUUCAAGAUUUUCUGUCAAAUGCUAGAAAAAUUCUUUGAGAUUUUUAACACAUUUGACAGGAAUUCUCCAAAUAGCCAAAUGGUUUUCAAAGCGAGAUGAAGGGGGUUUGUGCAUCGUUAGUUUGAAUAUUGUCUGUCCUUGAAAUAUAAAAUAUUUUCUACAGAUUCAAUGCUAAUAUGUCAAAGGAAAGGCUAGCUUAAAAUCUUCUCUCUGCCAUGCUAGUAUUCCUGUGAAUAGGGAGUGUUAUAUGUGAGGGAACAUUCAAAUUUCAAUAUCCCCACCUGCCACCUGAUAUUGGACAGCCCAGAAACAGAUGCAUCCUGCAGGGUUUCUGCUCAUCUUCAAUGCAGUGUAUUGCUCGUUAUUUAAUUGUGUGAUUGUAAAGUACAGUAUGAAACCCUUUAUCCAAACCAUGGGCUUUGUUUACAAAUUUCUAGCUGUGUGAAAUCAGUGUGUGCCUCACAUAUAACCCUAUGUAGCUACUGUCAACGUAAGUCUUGGUAAAUUGCUCUCAUUGAUGCAUUCAGUGGACUAACCUCAUGUUUUGUGUGCCCAGUUCACAUUUGGAUAAAUGUGGUUUUGCUGUACUCCAUGGUAGGCUACUCAUCAAACUUCUGGGUGAGUGCACACUCUCUUGAAAUCAACAGCAUGUGCAUUUGCAAAGUGGUUUGAUAAUCUGUAGCUCAGUUCAUACAUGCUCUUAAACAUAUAAAUAGGAUUACACCUCUGAUUAUUAGAAUUAUUGAUAUUAUUUUUAUAGCACCAUCCAUGUACAUGGCACUCUACAAAGAACAAGAAGACAGGGGUAUCUAGAUAUCAACAAAAGGAAAAUAACAGAAGGCAAUGGAAGCAGAAGAAGUAUAAGCUAAUAUUUCAGUUCCACAUAACUGUGCUUAGCUUAGUUACAGUAGGGAAUACGGACUGUGGCCUUGUGCCAAAGGCCUCAAGAAAACACAGGAUUUGAAGGAAGCAAAAGGAAGCAUCAUGCAGGGGUUCAGGGAUGUAGUUCCAAGCAUAAGGAGCAGCAAGGGAGAAAGGGUAGAGUUGUCUGAGAGAGCAGGAGACCUCCAAACCACUGAGGGUGGUAGAACUGAAGGAGCAAAGGUCACAAGCAGGCGUGCUUUGCAUGUAAGCUUAGAAAUUUCUGCUGGAUCUGGGAGCAGACAGGAGGCUAGGGAAGGGAUUUAAGGAGAGGGAUGAUGUGAUCAGAACAAGAGAGAUGAAUGCUUUUAGGAGCAGAGUGCUGGGUGGAAGGGAAGAGACCAAGAUGAGUCAAUGGAAGCUAAGCAGUUGAAGUAGUCAAGCCAAGAGGGUUUUCUUGCAAUUUUUUUUUUAUGGAGAAGUGUUAUGAUUUGGUGAUGAUUGGAUAUGGGGAAUAAAAGAAAGAGAUGAGUCAAAGAUAAAGCUACGAUCAUUUUGGACUUUUUAAAAGAGGUGAAUGGUGAUAAUGGACAAAUAGAGAAUGUGAGGAGAGGAGGCCUUGGGAGGAAAGAUGAGGAGUCUGAUUUGGGACAUGUUGAGCUUGACACAACAAUGAAGCAUCCAUGCUGAUAUGUCAUUUUUGUCAUUUUUGAAAAAUCUGCAUGAUUUGUUCAUGCAGGAUAAGAUGGCAGAAGAAAGUUCUGGGGUAGAUGUGCAUAUAAUCAGCAUAUAUAUAGUGUUGAAAACCAUAAUAUUUGAUGGGAACACUCAGGGGCAGCAUGUAGAGUGAGAAUAAAGGCCAAAAACCCAACCCUGAGGAACCCCGAUGGUCAGAGGGAAAUGUUUUAGACAGAUGAGAACCAUUUGAAAACAGAAUAGAUAUCAAAAGAUGACAGCCAAGAUGACAUUUAUAUGAUGUCAUAGCAGGGAAACAAGAUUAGUAGUAUUCCUUGACCUGGAGAAAUUUCACUCCUCAACCUUUCCAAUACCAUAAUUAAUACUUUUAUCAUGUCGAAUGGGACCUAGUAACAUCAACACAAAAUUCAGGCCCUUCUGUUGGACAGCAAGGCCUAGCAAGGAUUAGUCAGGAGGCAACACCUUCACACACACACACACACACAACACCUCUAACCAGACUGUAGCCUGCCUCUUCUGAAGUAUUAUCUCCUCCUUUUGCAAGGAUUGGUUGAAUAUUGCUAAGUGUUGAUGUGCAACUAAGUCACGGGAUCCAGACAACUGUAUUUCUGGUGACUGCUGUUUCAAUGCAGUGCAGACAUGUGGGGGAACUUCUUUUAGCCCACAAUGCUGCUGGUAGCUGUCAUGGUAACCGUUCAGGAUCCACAGUCCACUGGUUUUUGCUCACUAUGAGGAUAUCCAAGGUGAAAAGACUUUUGUGCUAUUCCCCAGGAUACUACCUACACUAUCACUUAAAUACUAUAGGGCCAAACUAUGGAGAGUGGCUGUCUCUACAUUCCCCAACAGCCAGCCUACAUAUUGAGAUAAAAUUACAUGAUACAGUCCUUCUAGGACUAUACCAAUUCAGACUAUACAUGAGGGAUCACAUAUUUGAAUUUACUGCUGUAUCACAAGCUUCCUCUUCAUAGUACACUAUCAUUUCAUGGUUCUCACCUAGUCUUGUUCAAAUGUGCUAGUUUUCUUUGUACAGGGACAUUCAAUCUUCUUAUGCCGACCUACAUUCUGAAAUAGUAUAGUUCUGUAAAGGGGGCACCGUAUACUUUUUCUAAAUAUGUUGAUCCAUUCUGAAGGAGUGAUCCAACCAAAAUUAAGCACUUUAAAAUCUCAUUCUUUCAGUGAGAGAGAUUCACUGGGAGUAUAAAUGCUUGCCUUUGGCAGGAUUGUGUGUUAAAUCUUCAGUGCUCCUUAUACAAGGCUAAUUUAUCUGCAUGCGCGCGCACACACACACUGCUCCUUUUGUGGAGUUUAAUCUGAUACAUGCAUACUAUUAAAAUAGGGCCAGUUUUUAGAUUUUUUACUUCUUUCUUUGGCUUACAUUUAAAAUAUAAGCUAUUUUAUCUCAUUUCUACAGGUGCAUCACAGCACUAAGGGCCAUUACUCUAUCUUCCUCUUGUUAUCCCUUCCCUCAUAUAUAGUUAAUCAGAAAAGUAUAUCUCAUAAUUUAAAUCGCACCAGAUGAAACCUAAAUUACAAGGUAUAGAAGAUGUGGCAAGUUUCCUUUCAGUAUGAGAACAAGCUAUUAAUUCUCCAGCUAUCCCAGAUAUUUCACCACUUUGGCUUCACUUUUGCUGGGUCAUGGAAUAAGUAUUCAACACAUGGGGUUUGUGUGUUUGCGUGCAUGUGCAAUACAACUUGACUAGCAUGUAGAGCCAUUGUGGGAUAAGUGCAGUUUCCAACAGUGAAUAUUUCCGGCCCAAGUAUUUCCUUUUUUAUGUUUAUUCGUACUAGGAGCAUUCCAAAAUUUCACUCUGAAAGCUAUAUUGUCCUACCCUUUGGGAGAUUUUAGAUGAAUUGCUGUAGAUAUGGUUUUCCGGGGGGGAGAAGAAAACUGGAUAAGUUUACAUAUUAUAAUUUGCACACAAUAGUUCUCAGUCAACAGCACAUCUGUAUAUUCACUCAAGGCCAAGUUAUUAUGUAUCAUCUUGUAUUGUACCAAGGGAUUUUUAAAACAAGGAAUUUAGAAUGUUCUAUGCCUAUCAAAUGUUAUUUCCAAUCAGAGUCGCUCAAAAGAUGAUGUGGAUGGAAAUGAAGCAACAUGUUUGAUUUAAUUUAGUUUAAUUUACUACAUGAACUCCUUUUUCUACCACGUGUUCCAAGCAGUUUUCCAUGGGAGGAAUGCCCAAAGUCGAUGGUCUAUGGGGCUCCCUUGAUCCUAACCCAUGGUUAUCACUUAAUAUGAUUGUAUAAGCAUAAGUUGCACUAUAGAAUAGAUUUUAGGUCUUUGAGGAGAAAUAUCUCACUAUUCAAAGCACUACUAAAGUAGAUAAACAUAAAGUAGAUAACGAUUGUGAUCUGCAGGCCAAAUGUAAAGUCUCUGAGCCAAUUAUACGUUUGUGUAUAUGUGUGUUUCAUGUCUUGUACACAAAGAAACAGAAAAUGUCAUAAUGGCAGGAAACUGCAAAGUAACUCCAGACUGAAUUUCUUGUUCAUGUGUUAGACAUUUCUAGAACUUGCCCUGGAAAUUGAGGGCUGCUUCAUACAUUUUGUUUUCAAGUAUACACACAAAUUGCUUAAUGUUUAUAUAUCAAAACUGUGGGUGUGAUCCCAUUCCAUCAUGGGUACAGUAGUCAUACAAGAAGUAUUCCUAUGACCGCAUUCGUACGUAACAGGGGACCAGAGUUGGAAGGACCCACGGUUUCCUUACCAUUAUAUCCAAAUCCAGCCAACUCCAUUUGUGUCCUUAACAACCCAAGGUCAUGUUGAAAAAAAUCCAGUUUGACCCCUCAGUUUGUAAUGAGUUUCACUGCUCCAAACUGAGGGUCCAGGGAGCUUCCUUUUCAUCCAAAUGCAGCACUGGAGGCUGCAUUCAGCUGUCCUGGAGUUGAGGGAGGAAGCUCCUCCCUCUUUCCAUCCCUGGUUGGCUCUGUGAGCUGUCCUUCAAGCAAGAAGGAAGCCCACACAGCCAGCUCUCCCACCUCUCUGCAGUCUCAUUGACUGCAGAGAGGAUGUUUUCCAGUAUGUAGACAGAAGAGCACGCAGACAGGAGAGUGGGGAGAGGGGGUGCGGAACCGUGGAUCCAUUGGACCCGCAGUUCCAUGUUACAUGCAAAUGAGGUCUAUAGCUCAACAGAAUCCUAUUUUCCCCUCCCUUGCUUGUGCAUAUGCAGCCAGGGAAUGGGAGAAAUCUCUCUCUGUUGAAGUCAUGGGAACCAUCUGAAUGCUAACACUGUACCCUCAACUGAAUCAUCUCCUUUCUUACAUUUCUUUAUUUGCUCACUUUUUUUUUCUGUAUGUGUAUAAUGAGAAACUCCUCCUACUUCUGGUAGCCAGCUAUGGUUAUUUAAACUAUCUUUCAGUGCAAGGUGACUCCCAUCCUUAUCCAACACUGGGAGAUAGCCAAAGCAGCAGCCACUGGUACUGUUGCUCCAGCACAAGAAAGAGACAGUGCAGGAGCCCAGUUCAAGGGCUUUUUCAGGGCAAGAAAAACCCAGAGAGCAGGAAGAGCCACCAUUAGCACUGUACAGCCCACCAGAAUACUCACAGAAUGGGCCCAUGGCUACUAGCAGUGGCAGCAUCUUACAGAAGAACAUAUUUACUCUGCACUGCAACAACAGGUGGGGAUGGUAUCAGUCUGCAAGCUUGUUAUAUAACUAUCAUUACAUUUUACAUUUUGUUACAUAACUAUCAUUCGCAGAAACUUUUGUCAAAGUAAGCUACAAAACCUUAUUUUGUCUGCCCAUACGGGUCGAUAUAUACACAUAAAUAUUUAUUAUUAUUAACAAAAUAAGAUUAUGAAAACCUCAACUGAAUGUACAUUUUAAAGAAGUUAAGCAAACAUAGCAACAAUCAGAUUUAGCCUUUUAUUUUCAUAGAGUGUGGUCAUUUGAUAUUUCAAAUAUAUUUCAAAUAUUUGAAGUCUUAAGAAGUAAGUGGUCAAUUAUCUGUCUACCCUUCAAGCUGAUCUGAUCGAGUAAAAUGUGCAGCUAGUCAGUACAUAAAUGUAAGUCUGCUAUUUAAAACAGGGUAGUAUUUGUGGCUAUUAUUUGUUAAAGAUAUAUAUUUUUGUCGGCGUCAGAAAUAUAAUUAAAAAACUAGUUAACUCAAAUAAGAACCAUGCUGUAAAUCUAUAUGUUUUCUCUGCAUGUAUAAUGUAUUAAAUAGUACCCAGGAAAUUCAGAAAAAAAUGUCACAUAUUGUCUAGUUUUGGCUUUGUUUUUGUCCAGCGAAUAAACAAAAUACAUUUAUUUUGUUA